UUUUCAAAAUGGUGGGACAAGAUUUGAAAAAUUAAAUGUUAGACAAAAUACGAAAUUGAACGAGGAUUUACACAUUACACUUGGAUACGAUUAUACAGACAACAAGAAUAAAACAUAUAGAUUAUUGUUUUGAUAGUUUGUCGGAGAAAAUCAUGAGCAGAGGAAUAGUUUGACAACUUUUUAUUACAGUGAUUCAAAAAUAUCUCAGAAAAAUUCUGUGUUCCAAACAGCAGAUUUGAAAAAGCUCAAAUCAUUGUAAAAUGGAUUAUUGAUUUAUAACCUAGCUGUGCCAUAAAAGACUUCUAAAAUGGAACCCAAGAAGGACAAAGAGAAACGCAGCAGUUUUCUCGAUAAAAUUGGUGGAACAUUUACAAAAGGGAAGAAGGAAAAAUUUAAAAAAGAGAAAGAAUCUGUUCCGUCUGCUGUGCGUACUCACUCUGAGGAUUAUGGGAGUGAUGGCACAGCCGAUGCGGAUUCGCAACAGAUCGUCAACCGACUUACGGAUGAUGAGGUCAAGGCAAAGUUUGAGCAAAUGCUGGAUGACAUGAACCUUACAGAUGAGAAGAAAGAGCCUCUACGUAAGGGCAACAUUGAAAUGAAACGUUCAAUGAUUGCUAUGCAUCUUAAAAGUAGCCAGCAACGUAGUGGCAAGAUUGACAGUCCCCAAGAGUUCAUUCACAAUCUGAAUGGUUUUGAACUGAAGGGAGAGAAAAGACUGCGACUGUUAGAGAGUCUGCGUGUAUCUCUCACCAGUAACACAGUCAGUUGGGUGCAGGAAUUUGGUAUAGAUGGCUUAAAUGCAAUCCUGAAGAAUCUUACAUAUUGCUCUGAUAGUAAAUCUGAGAGGAGAAGUGCCCAUGAGUGUGUUAAGUGCCUUAAAGCUUUCAUGAACAGCAAGUAUGGCUUAUUACAAAUUAUCAACCAUGAAGAGGCAUUGACAAUCCUAGCCAGGUCUGUGGACCCUUCUGAUCAGGUGACCAUGUUAGAAGCAGUCCGCAUUCUGGCUGCCAUAUGCUUGGUACCCCCAGAUGGACACGACAAAGUCCUGGAGGGUAUUACAAUAUGUGGGGAGAUACGUAGUCAGGACCGUUUGACCCCCAUCAUCAUGGGACUAGCCAUGGAGGACAAUUCUUCUAUGCGGGUGGCGUGUAUCCAGCUCAUCAAUGCAAUAAUUAGUACGCCAGAUGACCUUGACUUCAGAAUGCAUCUCAGGAAUGAGUUCAUGCGCACAGGUCUGGUUGACCUUUUGGAAGUUUUAGAACGAGACAAAACAGAAGAGGUGAAAGUACAAAUUAAUAUUUUUGUGGAACAUAAGGAGGAAGAUUUUGAAGACUUCUCACAGCGAUAUGAGAAUGUUCGCAUGGAAUUAGAUGAUGCCCGUGAAUGCUUCGAACUCAUCCAAAAUACCGUAGCCAACUCAACCGCAGAGCCAUUCUUCCUGUCUAUCCUACAACAUUUACUCACGAUUCGUGAUGACGCAAAUGUCCGACCGCAAUAUUAUAAACUGAUAGAGGAGUGUGUCACUCAGAUCGUGCUUCAUAAAAACGGAAUGGAUCCAGAUUUUAGACAUACUAAGAGAUUUGAAAUAGAUGUGGAGCCUUUAGUGGGUAACUUGGGCAACAAUGUAAAUAUUGAAGAUAGUGAGAUUCAGAGCCUUCCGCAACACAUACGGCAAAAAUUUGAGGAAGCCGUCACCGUGAAGAUGGAAUCUGAAGCCCGGGUGUCUAGUCUUGAAGAGCGACUCAAAAAGAAAGAUGAGGAGUUGAAUGAUAUAAAAACCAAGGUGCAGCAAGGCACAGCAGCCGUAAUAGGAACAGCCAUAGCUGGUGGUCCUCCGCCACCUCCCCCUCCCCCUGGAGGUGGUGGACCCCCUCCCCCACCACCCCCUCCAAUGCCAGGUGGUGGUGGGCCCCCUCCCCCUCCACCCCCACCUUUCCCAGGGGGUGGCGGACCUCCUCCCCCACCUCC